UGUUCGGAACGUAAAAAAGUUAAAAACCUGCAAUUUUUUUGUAUUUAUUAAUAAUUAAUUAAUUUUUAUAAACAAAUUGGAUAAAAGAAUUUGCAUAAAAUUGAGUGGAUGUAAAAUUUACACCAUAAAGUCCUACAAAAGUGACCAGAAAAUUUGCUCAACUCAAUUUUCGCAAAUAAAAAAAAUAUAAAAUAGAAGAAAAGGAAAAAUUCAUCCAGUGUUUGUGUAUAUAUAUAAUAUAUAUAUGAAAAAAAAAGUCAAGAUGAUGAUGAGUUUAAAGCAGCGAAAAGCCAUUGAGAUUAUGAUGUGAACAAUAUUGCAAAAUAAAAAAAAGGCAUUUAACAAAUAAAAUUAAUUUGUGUUGUGUGGAAAGUGCUGUGGAUAUACAAAAAAAUAAAUAAAUAAAUUUUAAUAAUCAAAAAAAAGUUGAAGAGAAAAAGUAAAGAAGAAAAAUGCCAGCAUUAAUAGGAGUGUCAGAGUUUGUCGAGGAGACAACUGCGGAUUAUAAAAGUCCAAUUACAAGUACUUUUGUGUCGAGAAUGCUAAACAUGAAACAAACAAUUUCGACACUUGAGGAGCUGAUUAGUCAUGAAGUCGUUGUGCAAUUGAGAAUGGAAUGCGCUAAUUGGUACUCGAAUACAGCAUGUCACUGCUUACAGGAAACUGAUAUUAAGUAUGAGAAAGAUUAG